UUACGCAGUUAGGAUGAUUUCAUUUUUUAUUUAUGGCAAGUUUAUUGUUAGCCCUUGGCAAUAUAAUUUUGCAAAUCUACUUAUUGUUUUAACAAGACUUGAAACUCAAAACAAGAAUACAUUUGAUGUCAGUUUAAAUUAUUUAAGUGAUUCUGCAUUACUAUCAUCAAUGAAUGAAUUUUGCGAUAAUUGUAAAAAAAGUAAUGAUUUUUUGAAAUCCAUUAUUUUAUUCUCAUUUAAUACUUUCAAAGGAGAAAGUAAAAAUUUUUUAAAUCAAGAAAAUUUCAAAAGAUAUGUGAAGAAUUUAUUGUCAAAGACACAUAUUUCCUUAGUAAUUAAAAUGAAUAAAACUUCUCAAACACUUAUUAACAAAGCUAAUCAAAAGGAAGUGGUUAUCGAUAAAGACUACGAAAAUAUUAAAAAAGUUUUACUACAAAGUUUAAAAUUAAAUAAAUAUGACGAUGAAACAUUUAAGAAAAAUGAAAUAUAUUUCGUUCACAAAAAUUUGUGGGAAAAAGUACGUAAAACACAUCUAUCAUCUUCUCAUUUUUUCUAUGUUUGUACAUUUAAUCAAACAAAAGACAAGGAAUUAUUCUUAAAAAAAACAUUACGCAUUCAUAAUAAAACAACUGAUACCAAAGAUAAUAUCCCGUUUGCUGUGCAAUAUGGCACAGUUAAUGAGCCCAACGCAAUAGAACUUUUUGAAAAGAAAAUGAACACAAAGAUUAAACCAUGUGGUCUAUUUUUUGAUGGAAACAUUAACUAUUUAACAGCAAAACCAGAUGGUUUAAUUGGGAAAGAUGGUAUUAUUGAAAUAAAAUGUCCAGUUAAGGCCCAAUAUAUGACUCCCGAAAAAGCUAUAAAAGAUAAAGUGAUAAAAUAUGUGCAUUAUAAUGAAAAUGAAGAACUCGUACUAAAACGUACUUCUCGAAUUUUUUUUCAAAUACAAGGAGAACUGCAUAUUACUCAAAGGCAGUAUUGUUAUUUAAUUAUUUGGACCCCAAAAGGAAUAGUUUAUUGUAAAAUUCUACGAGAUGACAAUUUUUGGAACGAUAAUAUGGAAAAGAGUCUCAUUGACUUUUACGAAAACAUUAUGUUACCUGAAAUAAUAAAUCCUCAAUAUUUUUAGAAGUUUAAUAUUGCUAAAACAUAAUAAAUUAUUAUACAUUCAUAUGUUAAUUGAAUUAAUGAAUCAACAAAUUAUUGUAAAAAUAUAUUAUGUCUAAAUAAAACAACAACUAAAAUAGUUAGGCGCUUCUAAUUAUAACAUGAGUCAGUAAAUUCGUCAUUUAAAUUUUCAUAAAUUAAAAAUAAAAUACUAUGAUAAUAUAGCAUCUAUCUAGUUGUAUUACCAUAACAAGAUUAAAUAAGGUAGGGACGAGUCAAAGUAGAAGUAUAAGUCAAAAUAUAACAGUGAUAAACAAUAAAUGAUAAAAUCUAGUUGUUGAUUUAG